GAGGUGCGGGCGCUCGCCGCCACGAGCGGCCAGCACGAGGCGCGCCUCGCGGACCUCUGGCACUUCGGGCACACCGUGUCCGUGACCGCCGUCGAGGCCUGCGGCGCCAUGGAGCGCCGGCUGGAGGAGGUGCGGCGGGAGGUCGAGGCGCGCGGCAGGGGCGAGCCCGACAUCGGGCCGGCCCUCGACAAGAUGAGCCAGCGCCUGGAGACCCUGCACGGCUCGCACGAAGGGCUCGAGGGGUGGCGCCGGGAGCUGGAGCAGCGCCUCGGCGCGAUCCAGGAGCAAACGGUGGAGCUGGCGGCCACGCGGGCACGGCUCGAGGCGCGCUCGGCCCUGGAGGGCGAGCAGCGCGUGUUCGCGGCCCUGGACGAGCAGCUGCGGCGGGUGGGCCAGCACCUGGGGCAGCUGAGCCACCGCAUCGAGGAGGUCGCGGCGGAGCCGCGCACGGGGGGCUCGCCCGCGGGCGGCAGCGGCGGCCUCGGCGAGGCGCGGGGAGCCUACGGCCACACGGCUGGCUGA